CCCAAAAUUGAAGAACACAAACUGACUGGCACACAACAAACACGACAGGACGAAAUCUAAACCCAAACCGCCGACGUUCGCCACCUGCUAUGUCACGGUUUGUUCUACUUCGUACUCCCCGAACUUCCCCCCUCACUCUCUUCAGCGGUCGGCUCUCCUCCACUACAUCUUUUGAUCACUCGAUAGCGCCGCCGCUGCCACCCCAAUCGGAAUCCCACCAAAGCCUAGCCCCAAAUUACCCAAUCCCCAAACUGCGAACUCGAACCCCACUAGAAAAACAAUUUGAGUCAUGGCUCCAAAACCUCAAAUCCGGGUUCACUUCAUUGGACGUAGACCAAGCCCUCCGGGCCCAGUCGGACCCGGACCUCGCUCUGGACAUUUUCCGGUGGACAGCUCAGCAACGUUAUUACAAGCACACCCACCUCACUUAUCUUACAAUGAUUGAAAUUUCCAUCUCCGGUAAGAGAUACCGCGUCGCCGAGACUUUAAUGGAAGAAGUUCUCGCCGGCGCGUGCCCGCCAAGCCUUCCUUUGUUUAACACCAUGAUCAAAUUCUGUUGUGGUCGUCGUAAAUUAUUGUUUAAUCGGGCUUUUGAUAUUUAUAAGAAAAUGCAGAAAUCCGGUGAUGUUAAGCCUAAUCUAGAGACUUAUACUUUGUUGUUCAAUACCCUUUUGGGAAAAUUCAAUAAGCUGAAUGUGAGUUAUGUGUAUUUACAUGCGGUUAGGUUGUUAGCCAGGCAAAUGAAGGCAUCUGGGGUUAUUCCAGACACAUUCGUGUUGAAUAUGAUUAUUAAGGCGUACUCGACAUGUCUCGAAGUGGACGAGGCAAUUCGUGUCUUUCGUGAAAUGGGUUUGUAUGGAUGUGAGCCGAAUGCUUUUACAUAUAGUUAUAUGGUAAAAGGGUUGUGUGAGAAGGGGAGGGUGAAUCAGGGUUUUGGGUUCUAUAAGGAGAUGAGGAUGAAGGGGCUGGUGCCCAAGGGUAGUACUUGUAUGAUAUUAAUCUGUAGUCUGGCAAUGGAACGUAGGUUUGAGGAUGCAAUUGAGGUUGCAUUUGAUGCAUUGGGAAACUCUAUGUCACCUGAUCUUUUGACAUAUAAGACUCUCUUAGAAGAGAUGUGCAAGGAUGGGAGGGGGAAUGAGGCGUUUGAGCUACUUGAAGGAUUCAGAAAAAGGGAUAGUUUAAUGAAUGAGAAGACUUACAAUACUUUGUUGAACGGACUUCAUUUUCUAAGUAGAGAGUAGAAGUACUUCAUCUUCUCAACUAAUUUCCAAGGGUUGUGUGAAGAUUUUUGGUUCGGCUGAUUAGAUUUUAUUGCAACAAGAAUGCAUCUUAAGCUGAUCGACUCUGUGAGGUGGUAGUCCCCCUCUGGAGCUUCCUGUUUGUCUUAUUUGGAUAGCUCAAGUGGCGUACUGGAAGAAAGAAGAAUGGAAUUGACAGGUUAUCUCUGAAGCUAUGUGAACGAGGGCAAAAGUUAUGCCACUUACAACCUUGUCAAAGAUGCUGGAUGCAGAGUGGGAUAGCUUUUACUAGGGAAUAUUUCUGUAAAUUUUAUGUUUGUUCUUGCAGGGAUUGUAAGUUUUUGUGUACUUGCUAAUAGAAUUAUUGAUUUAUACAAAAUAAAAAUUAUAAAAAAUUGCUUCAUGACUGCAGGGAGUUUUGAGUCUCUGUAAGUUAGAAUCUAGUUCUUUU